AUGCCAUCCUAUGUCACAAGGCAGAAGACCAGACAAACUUUCUCAUGGGUUGGCAGGCCAUUGCCGAAUCGAAAACAGUUCUACCAAAUGUACAAAGAAAUUUGUAUGAAAAUCAAUGGUUGUUCUGAGAUUCACAUCAAGGUUGGACAGUUUGUAUUGAUUCAAGGGGAAGAUAAUCAAAAGCCCUAUGUUGCUAAACUGAUUGAAUUAUUUGAAAAUGGGUCUGAAGUUCCUCCCAAGAAAUAUGCUCGAGUACAAUGGUUUGUCCGAUUCUGUGAGAUUCCUAUCCUUAAAAGGCAUUUGUUAGGACGGAGACCUUCUGCACAGGAGAUAUUCUGGUAUGACUGCUCUGACUGUGAUAACAACAUUCAGGUGGAGACCAUCAUUGGCCCUGUUCAGGUAGUGGCAUUAGCCCCAGAGGACGAGAUCCCUGUGAAUCAGAAAAGUGAGGAGACACUGUUUGUGAAGCUGUCCUGGAAUAAAAAGAACUUUGCGCCCCUGCCACCAGAAGAACUUGCAGCAUUGAGGAGACUAGAGUGCCAAGAACCUUCAGAAGCCAAGACUAAGAGUGUUAAAAGCCCUUCCUGGAACACAGCAGAACAAGAGGUCAAAAGGAUUGAAUCAAGUCAUUCCACUUCCAGAUCUUACCAGGCUCCUGCUCAUACUGUCACCCCCAAUGCAAUGAAGUCUCUGGAAUGUGGUGGUUUUACCAGGAAGCCUAACAUGAGGCUGUCACGGAAGAUCUUGUGUGAUUCCUUGGAUUCUCAAAAAACCUGUAAACGAAGAGCAGCCUUCUCUGAGACCACCUCACCACCUAAAAAGCCUCAGCCUGGUGAAAUCAAGACCUCCUCAGCUUUGGAAACUCUAGGGAAAAAUGGGCGUACUCAACCCUUUUGUGCCAAAAGUAGCAUGGUUCUGAGAACCCGGGGCACAGCUGUGAGGACCACAAAGCUUACUGUGGAGAGCGCACUUAGCCCUGUCAGGAGCAGGUCGAGGUACUCAGUGGCGCCCUCUGUGGGUCUGACACCUCAAUACAUUGGGAGGAAGGCAAAAGAACAAGAAACUCACAAAGAACCCAUCCAUACUUCUCUUCGUGCCCGUAGAAGGAGUUCUCUCUUGACUUUGAAGCGGAUUAAGCAACAGCUUUGGCUUCUAGAUGAUGAUAAAAGUGACCAAGAAGAGGAAGAGUCCAUAUCCUCUGUAGAAGUGUCAGACUCCAGUAGUGAGGAGGAAGAUGAGUCUGAUCCCUCCCCUCCAACAGGAAAACCCAUGGGGCAGUCCAGGACCCGGAGAACCGCCGCUAAGCCAUCAUCGCAGACCCCCUCCAAGUCACCAAAGAAAACCUUUAGACCUAGACCACCUCAUCAUGCUACUCCUCAGAUCCGAGACAGAAACUUGGCUGUCCAAGAGCCAGCUAGUGUGCUUGAAGAGGCCCGGCUCAGGCUGCAUGUUUCUGCCGUGCCUGACUCUCUUCCCUGUCGAGAGCAGGAGUUCCAAGACAUCUACAGCUUUGUGGAAAGUAAACUUCUUGAUGGGACCGGAGGGUGUAUGUACAUUUCUGGGGUCCCUGGGACAGGGAAGACAGCCACUGUGCAUGAAGUCAUACGCUGUCUGCAGCAGGCAGCACAAACAAAUGAUGUUCCUCCCUUUGAAUACGUUGAGGUUAAUGGGAUGAAGCUGACAGAACCCCACCAGGUCUAUGUGCAGAUUUUACAGAAACUGACAGGCCAGAAGGCAACAGCUAAUCAUGCAGCAGAACUGCUGGCAAAGCAAUUCUGCAGCCGAGGGUCCCAGAAGGAAACCACUGUGCUGCUUGUGGAUGAGCUUGACCUUCUUUGGACUCACAAACAAGAUGUGUUGUACAACCUCUUUGAUUGGCCUACUCACAAAGGAGCCCGGUUGGUCGUGUUGACUAUUGCCAACACCAUGGACCUUCCAGAGAGGAUCAUGAUGAACCGUGUGGCUAGCCGCCUGGGCCUCACCAGGAUGUCUUUCCAACCCUACUCUCACAGCCAACUGAAACAAAUCUUAGUGUCCCGACUGAAGCAUUUAAAGGCCUUUGAGGAUGAUGCCGUCCAGUUAGUAGCCAGAAAGGUAGCAGCCCUCUCUGGAGAUGCCCGGCGCUGCCUGGACAUCUGCAGGCGUGCCACAGAGAUCUGCGAGCUUUCCCAUCAGCGUGGUGACUCUCAGUGCCUGGUGACUGUGGCCCACUUAAUGGAAGCUAUAGAUGAAAUGUUUUCCUCAUCCUAUAUUACUGCCAUCAAAAACUCUUCUGUCCUGGAACAGAGCUUCCUGAGAGCCAUCAUUGCGGAAUUCCGUCGAUCAGGACUGGAGGAAGCAACAUUUCAACAGAUAUACAGUCAGCAUGUGGCUCUGUGCAGGAUGGAGGGACUGCCUUACCCAACCAUGUCAGCGACCAUGGCUGUGUGCUCGCGUCUGGGUUCUUGCCGCAUUCUUCUGGUGGAGCCUAGCAGGAAUGACCUACUCCUUCGAGUGAGACUCAAUGUUAGCCAGAAUGAUGUGCUGUAUGCUCUCAAAGAAGACUGAAGGACUUAACAAACUUCUGCUUUUUCUCAAAGAGCUUUAUUUUUCUUCAGAACAUGGAAUUAUAGCAAAAUAUACAGGAUGGAAAUUGUAGAUUUGUUAUUUUCCAUUAUUUAUUUUGCUUUUUCUAAAGUGCUUGAGAAGUUUAUGGUAACAUACUAUGUAUAUGAAGAUAUGUAUACAGUAUACUUGUAUCUAUGUGAAAUAGUUCUGGGAGAAUUUGUAUGAAAUUAGGUACACUGGUUGCCUCUGAGAAAUAGCCUGGUGGUUGGGGGGGAGGCUAGAGGAAGUCUUUAUUUUAUGCUAUAAUGUAUUAGAUUUUGAAUGAUACAAAGUAAAAUUGAUUUUUAUAGAAAA